GAUAAGCUGAUUAACAGGAGUAAACUGUGUUUGCCUGACUCUCUCUAUAACUGUCUUACUCGCCUCUGUCCAUUAUAAGCCUCAAGACGAGAGGAAAUCAUCAGGAAAAAAUGACUAGAGGACACACCUUCAUCUGUCUUCUGCCUUUACUGAUUGGGUAUUCAUCUCAGUCCUGUGAGAAGGAGACCGACUGCCCCAAAGACAACCAGGAUGUUUACGGAAAGGAAGUGACACAGAUCCCAGUAAGUCUGAAAGCAGGUGUCACAGAGGUCUUCUUUGUGGAAAGUAACAUCAGUGUCAUCCCAAAGGGGGCCUUCGCCACCAACCCGAGUCUGGAAAAGGUAGAGUUCAUCACCACCCCCACCGUGUCCAUAGAGAACGGUGCUUUCGAGGGAUUGGUCGACCUCAAGCAUAUUGAGAUCUCCAGUACCCCACUAACAUCCUUGUCUGUAGACGUCUUCCAAGACCUGCAGAACCUGGAAAAACUUCUGCUGAAACUCAACAGGAUCCGUAGUCUGGAGAAAGGAUUGUUUGAUGGCCUUAGGAAACUGAGAGAACUCCAAUUACACAUAAACAAGAUUGACACCAUCGAGGAGGGGACAUUUGAUGACCUAGAAAACCUUCGGACCCUCCAUCUGGCCAAAAACCACCUCAGUUCUGUGUCCUCCACCCUGUUCUCAAAGCUGCACAAACUGGAGGUACUGAGGCUCUAUGAGAACCAACUUACCGCCAUUCCUGACGAUAUCUUAGAAAAUCUUUCCAAUUUAAAGGAGAUCGCUCUACAGGGUAACAAAAUCACUUCAAUAUCAGCCAAUUUGUUCCCACAUAAAGACAAAUUAAACAAGAUACUUUUGGACAAUAACAUGUUGACUGAAUUGCCUCCAGAAAUAUUUGUGGGCUUUCCUCUGCUUAAAACAUUGACACUAAAUGGAAAUAAACUUGCAAGUCUACCUCCUGUCCUCUUUGGAGAGAUGCCCAAACUGACUGAGUUGAGUCUCAGUCGAAACAUGAUUACCAGCCUUCCUCAGGGAGUAUUUAGUCCUCUAAAGAAACUCAGGAAGUUGGAUCUGUCUAACAACCAAUUGUUCACUGUGUCUGAAGAGUCUUUUGAGGGCCUUGAGAAGCUAACAGAACUCAAUCUUCAAUACAACCACAUCAAAUCAUUGAAAGCAAACACCUUUGAAAAGCUGACAUCACUAACCACCCUUAGACUGGCUCAUAAUAGCCUGGGGACACUUCCAGAGGAUAUAUUUGACCCCUUACCAAAACUCAACAAAGUCUAUUUAAACAACAACACUUGGGAUUGUGACUGCAGGAUGGUCCCCCUCUUCAAUUGGAUGAAGGCAAACCCUGGCAAGAUCAAGUCUAUGUCUCCUGAGAUCUGUAACCAGCCGGAGGAUUUAAAGGGACAAGAAAUCAUGUCUCUCAAAGAGGACCAGCUCAUAUGUCCUAUAACUCCUCUGACCACCACCGCUUCACUCACCACAACCACCACCACCACCACCACCACAACCCAAACAAACACACCACUUGUAACCACAAUGCCCACUACUAGAGUUACAACUACAUUGACAACCACUCAGCCACCUACAACUACUCUGCCAACUACAACAACUUUGCCAACCACAAUGGCCACCACAACUGAAGCCACCACCCCAACUACAACCACCAUUGUGACCACCUCACUAAUUACCACAACUCUGAUACCCACCACCAGAGGGACAACCACAGCACUGACUACAACCACAUUACCCACAUCUGCAAAAAUCACCACUUUUGCCCCUUCAACAACCACAGCUCCUACCACAACCACCACCUUAGCCCCUACUACAACCACAGCUCCUACCACAACCACCACCUUAGCCCCGACCACAACCACCACCUUAGCCCCUACUACAACCACAGCUCCUACCACAACCACCACCUUAGCCCCGACCACAACCACCACCUUAGCCCCUACUACAACCACAGCUCCUACCACAACCACCACCUUAGCCCCGACCACAACCACCACCUUAGCCCCUACUACAACCACAGCUCCUACCACAACCACCACCUUAGCCCCGACCACAACCACCACCUUAGCCCCGACCACAACCACCACCUUAGCCCCUACUACAACCACAGCUCCUACCACAACCACCACCUUAGCCCCGACCACAACCACCACCUUAGCCCCUACUACAACCACAGCUCCUACCACAACCACCACCUUAGCCCCGACCACAACCACAGCUCCUACAACAACCACCACCUUCGCUCCUACUACAACCACAGCUCCUACCACAACCACCACCUUAGCCCCUAACACAACCACAGUUCCUACCACAACCACCACCAUAGCCCCUAACACAACCACAGCUCCUACCACAACCACCACCUUAGCCCCGACCACAACCACAGCACCUACCACAACCACCACCUUAGCCCCGACCACAACCACAGCACCUACCACAACCACCACCUUAGCCCCUAACACAACCACAGUUCCUACCACAACCACAACCACAACCACCUUAGCCACAACCACAACCACUGUCACAACCUCAAUACCCACUACCACACUUUUUACCACUUUCCCAACAACCACCAUCACAAGAACCACCCGGAGAACCACCAUCACAAGAACCACCUGGAGAGACUCAACACAGCCACUGACCACGCCAAGGAUCUUCAGCUGUCCCAACACAGCACCUUCUCGUCACCCGUCCCCCUCCUACUACACCCGUCAGGUCUGGAGCAAGACCUCGCAGUGCAGGGCCCAGAUGAUAUCCUACACAGCCAUGCUGGUGGUGGAGAUAGGCUGCACCCUGGUGCUGGCUAAGUUCACCCUGUCUCUGUACAGCUUGCUACAGCGCAGGGAGAGGCUGUACACCCAGGUCAACCUUACUCACUUUUCCUACAGAAAGGAGGUCACGCUGAGGCCAGUCAAGGUGACAGAGACUGUGGGUCUGUGAUCA